AUGGACGAGGAUGAAGGGGAAACAAAGCCGACAGGUGUAGAUGAAGAAGACGAGGAAUUGGAGGAAGAAAAAUCGCUUUUGAUUGACUAUCCACCUUCUUUGCCACCUGCAUCACAGUCUCAAGCCAAAGUUGUCCUUGAAGAGCCGAAGGGCCCUCAAUCUCGACUAGUCAUCCACAAACUUGCUCUCGUCAACUUUAAAAGCUAUGCCGGUCGACAAGAGAUAGGCCCCUUUCAUAAGUCGUUUUCUUCAAUCGUAGGAGCGAACGGGUCAGGGAAGUCUAAUACCAUCGAUGCGCUUCUUUUUGUGUUCGGAUAUCGUGCCGCAAAAAUGCGACAAGGCAAAUUGUCCGAACUAAUCCACAACUCUGCUCGCUAUUCAGAUCUUGACCAUUGCACUGUCGAGGUGUAUUUUCGCGACAUAAUUGACCUGCCUGGUCCUGACACUUUUGAAAUCGUUCCCGGUUCCAAUCUCACCGUAGCACGCAAUGCGUACAGAGAUAACACGAGUACUUACACUAUCAAUGGACGUAGUAGCUCUUACAAGGAGGUUCAGAGCCUUUUAAAGGGGCGAGGAAUUGAUUUGGAUCAUAAGCGAUUUUUAAUUUUGCAGGGCGAGGUCGAGUCCAUCGCUCAGAUGAAGCCCAAAGGCGGAGAGCACGACGAAGGGCUGCUUGAAUACCUGGAAGAUAUCAUUGGGACCUCUAAGUAUAAAGAGCCCAUCGAGACUGCCUUCGUAGACCUGGAAAAUCUCCAAGAGAGCCGUCAAGAGAAGCUGAAUCGCCUACGUCUUGUUGAAAAAGAGAAGAACGCUCUGGAAGAUAAAAAGAAAGAGGCCGAGGAGUAUCUAAGGCUCCAGAACGAACUGGUUCGAGCGCAGUCCAAGCUCUACCAGUGGUACAUUUGGCAGACCCUCAACAGCGAGAACAAAAUUCGUGCAUUAAUGGAGAAAGCCGAAGAAGAGCUAGAGGAAGAAAAAGCAAAGAAUAAGGAUGAUAUCGAGCACUUGGAGCAACUUCAGGCUGAUUACAAGGCUUUCGAGAAGGGUUACAAAGAGAUUCAAAAACUGGUUACGGAAGCCGUCCAGUCCUUGUCCGAACAUGAAAAGCAAGAGAUUGGUUUGUCUGAAAAGAGGAAGCAUGCCGCAGGGAAAGCCAAAAAACUGAAGAAAAGUGUGGGUGAUGCUCGCACUGCUCUAAAUACCGCACAACAUACGAUUGAAGAUAGUGAAGAGAAACUGGAGAAGGAGAAGAGGAAGUUGGACGAUUACGAAGAGUCUCUGGGUGUAGAGGAGAAGAUUUUGGAGGAAGUUCAGGACAGCCUUCGAGACAAAACCCAGAAAUUUUAUGACCAGAAAGAAUCCCUACAGAAGGACCUUCAGCCUUGGACUGCCAAGAUCAAUGCUAAACAGAAAGAAAUUGACGUUGCCCGUGGUGAACGUGACGCAUUGGUCAAAAAGGUCGAAUCCAUCCAAACAGCUUUGCAUGAAGCCGAGACACAUCUGGAGAAAGUUAAUUCUGACCAGGAGGAGAAGGUCAAGUUGCUUUCUGAGGCUAAAAGUGAAAAGGCAGAGUUAAACGACAAAAAGGAGGCAGCGACAGAAAGACUGAACAAAGCGCAAGAAGUUGAACAAGCCUGCAGAACGAAAGCAUCGUCAUCGCAUCAGCGAGUGCUAGAAGCGAAAGCUUCACAGGCUGAGACUAGAUCUCAAGGCAAGGUACUUGAAAGCCUUACCCGCAUGCAAGACACUGGACGUAUUACCGGCUUCCAUGGUCGUCUCGGAAGCCUUGGUACCAUUCCAGAGAAAUACGAUGUCGCCAUUACCACUGCCUGCCCAAGCUUGAACAACAUGGUUGUCGAUACCGUAAAACAGGGCCAGGCAUGCCUUGAGUACCUACGCUCUAACAAUAUCGGCCGAGCGACCUUCAUGGUCCUCGAAAAAAUCAGUUAUCAUCCAUCAACGCUUUCAACGCCAAACACUCCAGAAAACGUUCCGAGACUUUUCGACCUUAUCACCCCGAAAGACCCGAAGUUCGCAGAGGUCUUUUACAAAGCUGUCGGAGACACGUUGGUCGCGACAGACAUGGACCAGGCUAAUCGCAUAGCAUUUGGGGAAAGGCGGACAAAGGUUGUCACAUUGGCCGGGCAGGUCAUCGAGACUUCUGGUGCUAUGUCCGGAGGUGGAGGAGCGCCUGCAAAGGGUGGGAUGAGCUCAAAAUUGGCUAAAGAUUCUGUCAGUCCUCGGCAGUUGCAGGAACUUGAGCAAAAUCGGGAAGAGGCUCAGGCGAAACUCGAGGAGGCAAUUGCGGCCGUGCGUAGUGCUGAGGCGGAAUACGAGAAGCUUAAUCGUUCAGGUCCAGAGAUCGACCUUCGCUAUGAGAAGCUAGGUCUUGAUAUUCAGCAAGGGAAAUCUCGAAUUGAGGAAGCAGAGAAACGUCUGAAAAAUCUGAGGACACAUUCGAAACCGGAUAAGAACGACAUCGCUCGGAUCAAGAAUCUUGAAGACAACCUCGCCCGAUUCGAGGUCGAGAUCGCUGACUUGAAAGAGAAAGCAAGUGAAAUCGAGGCAUCUCUACAAGAAGUCGAGGACAAGAUCAUGAAGAUCGGAGGGUCCAAACUCAUGGCCCAGAAAUCCAAAGUCGAAGGACUCAGGAAUCAUAUCAAUCUCACAAAUGACGCCAUCACCAACGCUGAGGUCACCAAAGCCAAAGCGGAAAAGGACGUUGACAAACAUAGACAUACCGUCGAUACCGAUGCCGCUGCACUCGAACAACUGGAAACAGAGCUGGCGGAACUUGAUGGCCAACUGAAAGAAUUGCAAGGCUUUGUGAAAACUGUAAAGGCAAAAGUGGAGGCUGCUGAGGCCGCUGAAGAAAGCAAAAGAGAAGCAUUGGCCGAACGAAAAGCUCAGCUCGAAGAAAAGGCUGAGGCAGUAGAAGCAUUCCGUCAGACCGAGAUCAAACUUCAGAAGACUAUCGACGGUCAUCGAAAAGAUAUUGAACAAAUUUCUUCACAAGUCGAGCGCUUUCGACAACUGCAUGAUGCCCUAUCAUUAGAAGAUAUCGAUGAUGAUGAUGAGGAGGAAGGGGACGAUGAAGGGGAAGAAGAAGGGACGGCGGAACAUCCAGGUGAAAAUGAACCUCAGAAAAACAAAAAUGAAGAAGAAGAGGUCAAUGUCAAAGUAACUCUAGCCGACACCUUCAAGGAGGAAGAGGUCCCGAACAAACUUCAUGAGUACAAGACUGCGGAACUACAGAAGUUCAAGGAGCGGGAUAUGAUGGUCGACGUGCAAGCUCUAGAAGAUCAAAUCAAACGAGCGAAGCCCAACUUGAAUGUACUCAAAGAGUAUAAGCGUCGGGAAGCAGAGUUCCUCAGUCGACACGAUGAUCUUGAGAAAGUUGUGGCUUUGCGUGACGCUCAGAAAAAGAAAUAUGAGGAUCUUCGCAAGCAGCGCCUGGAGGAAUUUAUGGCUGGCUUCAGUACUAUUUCGCUCAAACUCAAGGAAAUGUAUCAGAUGAUCACCCAAGGUGGAAAUGCCGAACUCGAAUUGGUUGAUAGCAUGGAUCCUUUUGCGGAAGGAAUUAUCUUCAGUGUGAUGCCUCCGAAGAAGAGCUGGAAGAAUAUCUCAAAUUUAUCCGGUGGAGAAAAGACUUUAAGCUCUCUUGCGCUAGUUUUCGCCUUACACACUCAAUGCUCUCUUCAGCCCACGCCUCUCUAUUUCAUGGAUGAGAUAGACGCCGCUCUUGACUUCAGAAACGUAUCAAUCAUCGCAAAUUACAUCAAAGAUAGAACAAAAAAUGCACAAUUUAUCAUUAUUUCACUUCGAAAUGACAUGUUUGAACUCAGUCAUCGUCUCAUCGGGAUAUACAAAACUGCGAAUGUUACCCAGAGCAUCUCAAUCGACAAUCAUGCUUUGACUGCUCGUCCUCCGAGUUCCAUAUCUAUAGCUGCAUCUACUACUACCAGUCCUUCAAAAUCGAACUAG